AGAGCAGCAUGGCAGCCACACUGGGUGGCAGCCGAGAGCUCAUGGCCACCAUCGCGGACUAUGUCCCAAGCCGCGAGGCCUUGCGCACGCUUUUGGAAGUGCUACCACCCAACUUGCUCGGUAACGCGUGGACCAAAGUCCUCCAGCUUCUCCAACACCCAACGCUCGACCCGAACGCACUCUGGCCGAUCGCGCGGUACAACCCCUUCGAGGUCGUCUUUGACGUCAGAGGAGGGUUCAAUGUGAGGAUGCUACCGCAGCAUGAGCCGCUUUGGGCCAUGGGCGUCGACGUGGAGGCCGACUACCCACGCGGCUGCGGCGUCAGCUGUUGGCGUCGCGUGCCGCCACAGCUUCCCGCCGUGCAAGGCUCCACAAGGCCGGCAAGAACUGUUGAGAAAGGCGUCCGGACGAGCAGCACGGUUGAACUGUCGCCGUCCAGCACCGUGGACGACGUGGUGCGCUACGCAUCCGAAGUGGCGGCAACGUCAUCGCUGUGCCACGUCACCAUCAACCUCUCCCAGAUAGAGCAUGAGCUCGAGUCUUGGCCGGCCCAGUACGAGUACUAUACCAAAGUGUUUCCUGCUGCGCUCGAGCCAUACGUCUGGUCGGCCCUCUCUCCGUCGCAUAUCGUCGAGGUCGCAAUCGUCGGCAGCAACCUCUUGGCGACUGCCGAUGGUGUCCAGUCCGCUAUCGAAUGGCUCACGUCGCGACCUGCGCGACGUCUCUGCUUGGCCGAGGCCAAAGUUGACGCCCACGAUGUCACCGCUCUCGUCACCGCGAUGCGCGACUGCACCACGCUCUCGACCAUUGAGCUCAGCUACGACCUUGUGCUUCUGCCAGCGUUCUUGUCGGCGCCGCUGCCUCGUCACUUGCGCCGCUUGCGAUUGUUUGCAAGCGAGGACCCGUACCAUGCAGAGACGGGCUGGCACAAGAUCACGUCGCUUCCGGUGGCUCUCGUGACCACAGCCAUCGCCGGCUCGGCGUUGACGCACUUGUCGAUCGAUCUCGACAGUCUGGGUGACGACCAAAGCGCCGCUACGAUCGUAUCGACUGCGCUGGAGCGAAUGCCAUCUCUCGACCACUUGGAGCUGCUCAACGUCCGUCGUGCUCCUCUACUAAACGCAGCGCUUGAAGCAGGCGCAGCGCGGAUCGCAACGCUUGAGUCGAUGCGAAUGCACGAAUAUCAAGUGCUAACUGCUGACAUGUUUGGCGGCGGUUCCGACUAUUAGCGUUUCAUGAUGUAUCGAGUAGCAAAAUAAAGAAAUCACAUUUCAUCUGCGUUUGUGCU